AUGGUUAGCUCACUGGCAUCCAAUAUAAUUUUAGGCCUUGUGGUAAUUCUGAUGACGCUACUCAGGCAAAAUAAGUCGCUCCAGGAAUGGUUUGUAUCAAACGUUGAAAAGUUAUUAUCAAAAAAAUCAAAUCAAACUCAAGAAGUCAAUGUUUCAUCACCUUCCCUGAAAUUAAUUCGUAAUAAGGAACCAUCGAGUACCUAUCAACCAAAUUUUGGUAAAAUUAUUUCCAGAAUUCCUACUCUUUUUGAAUUGAAGCAGAAUUUAAUCCGUUUACAUGAGUAUCGAGUAAGAGGGGAAAGCUACAAUACUCUUUUGUUUCAGAGAGCAAAGCAAGUCGACGGAAUUUCAGAAGAUCAGUUGCGAAAAUUAGGUUAUUUUACUAAAUUAGUAAAGAACAAUGAGGGUAUUCGGGAAAACGCAAAAAUAAUCGACAAGAUAAUUGAGUUUACCUUAAUGAAAUUGAUGCACUCCAAUGAAGGCGACAGAGUAUUCAUAGAACAGAUAGAGAAAAUAUGUAGAGAACAUGGCUAUGAGAUAAAAGAUGACCAACUGGUCCAAUUGAAUCAGGACUCCGUAUUUCCAAUAGUGUUGUCUCGAGGAAGCCAAAAUACGGUACAUGAAGCAUUAGCACACUUAUGUCGGGAUUUCAGUCCCUACUAUAGCAAGGAAAGAUAUCCUUUACAGGAGUUCAUAAUUGAUAGAAUUAGACAUCAUGUCGUCAGACCUGAGGCUAUGAACGAAAAAAUUCUUAUCGUGAUUCCUGGGGCUGGCGUAGGUGGACUAUCUCACUGUCUCGCUAGCAAUUUCCCCCACAUACAGGUCGAUUCCAUUGAAUUAUCAGCUUUGAUGUACAUAUGUAACCUAUUUGCCCUCGAAUGUAAGAAUGAUGUUAAAAUACGCCCUUUCAUACAACAAUAUUCAGGCCAGACAGUGCUUGAUAACCAGCUGAGAAGUUUAACGGCAGACCUGAGCAAACUUCGUCAAUGCAGUAAUUUGGAUUCAUUAUGGGGGGACUUUACACGAUAUUCUCCUGAUGCGAAAGACUAUGAUAAGAUUAUUAUUUGUAGUGCAUACUUUAUAGAUACUGCAGAGAAUGUUUUUGAUUAUUUAACGAGUAUUGAAGCGUUAAGAAAGUAUUGUAAGGAACUGCAUUGGAUCAAUGUGGGGCCUUUGAAAUAUGGUACCAAACCUCUGGUCCAAUUUACCGGUGAUGAAUUGUACCGAUUGCGUAAAAUUCGUGGGUGGAGGGAUCUUUUUGAGUCAUAUGAGGUGGAUUAUUCUGAAGGAUUGAAUGGCUAUUUAACCGAUUACGAGUCUAUGUAUCAAGGGUAUUAUGGCUUACUUAAAUUCCACACUGUUUUUGAGGGUUUGGAAUAA